AUGAAUCAGAAGCCGUGUAGAAUUGAAAAUAUAGUGCGGUCAUUCGCGAUUUCCACAUUGGAUUAUAUUAUGCUGCUAUUGGAUCCUACGGUGGACUUCUGCGCGGUGGGACCUUCGCUCAACUCUGUCCCCCGUGUGGAGGCCAAAUACAAACUGUGCAACGGUUCCGUCCGGUGUCUUCUAUCUGUGGAAGGAUUUCGUGGCCGGACCUAUGCACGGAGUAGAGUCUACGAGAAAUUCAGCGAGAAUAAAGCGGUCACGUUUCGCGAAAGCACGAUGGACUGGUGGUCCCCGGCAGAACCACCGUUGGUCCUUUGUCUAUCCAUGCUUAGUCCAUAUCUAGUAUAUAUGGAAAUGGUUGUGAACUGCAUCAAUGCGGAUGGAAAUGGCAGCAGCAUGUUGGGCCGUAAAUUCGGGUCGUUUUGA